AUGUAUAAUCCAAUUGAAAGAAAGGUGCAGGCAAUAUCUGAGCAAUUGAACAUAGAUGAGGUUACAUUGAAGCUUGCUAUAUGCCUAUUUAUCUCAUUUCCCUUUAAUGCAUUGCUGAAACGUCUUCCCGACAAUCGGUUAAAUGUAAAAUGCAUCUAUAUAGUGUGUGUUUCUGGUUUUUAUCUUCUGGGGAUUUUGAAUAUGUUUGAUGGGUGCAGGACGUUGUUGCUUAGUUCGGUGUUUACCUAUGUGAUUACGAGGUUUUAUAAGUCGAGAUUUAUGCCAUAUUUGAACUUUGUGGUGUUGAUGGGCCAUCUAGCAGUGAAUCAUCUGCAUGCGCAAUUUUUCAAUGGUUAUGACAGUAACAAGUUGGACAUCACAGGAGCGCAAAUGGUGUUAGUGAUGAAGCUUACAUCGUUCGCGUGGUCUUAUCAUGAUGGUACAUAUGUGGAGAAGGAGGAGCUGUCAGAGUACCAGAAGACCCAUUCGAUAGACGAACAUCCCUCGUUUCUGCAGUUUCUGGCUUACACUUUCUUUUAUCCCAGUCUGUUGACAGGUCCGAGUUUUGAGUAUGCUGAUUAUGAAUCGUGGUUGAAUUGCAGGAUGUUCCGUGACCUUCCUGAAUCAAAGAAACCGAAACGGCGGUGGAGUAAAGAUAAGGAUUCGAGGCGCCAGAUACCCAAGUGUGGUUGGUACGCGUUUGGUAGGGUGAUGAAAGGUAUAUUCUGGAUUGUGAUGUCAUUCAUCGCACCAAACUAUAUCAAUGUGAAGUAUGUGUUAUCAACAGCGUUUAAAAAUAGAUCUUUCCUCUAUAAGAUUCAUUAUCUUUAUUUUCUGGGUUUAACGUUUAGAUUUAGAUAUUAUGCUGCAUGGACCAUUUCUGAAGCAUCUUGCAUGGUUUGCGGAUUGGGUUACAACGGCUAUGAUCCCAAAACACAGGAGAUAAAGUGGGACCGAGUCCAAAAUAUUGAUAUUAUAGCCUUUGAAAGUGCCCAAAAUACGAGGGCGGCACUUGAAGCAUGGAAUAUGAACACCAACAAGUGGUUGAAAUACUAUGUAUACUUACGUGUGGUUCCAAAGGGAAAGAAGCCAGGAUUUCGUUCAACACUGUUCACCUUUUUAACUUCUGCUUUCUGGCACGGUACCAGACCUGGUUACUAUUUAAGUUUUGCAACUGGCGCAUUAUUCCAAACAGUUGGUAAGGUAUACAGGAAGAACUUUAGACCAAUUUUCCUCGCAGAAGAUGGUAAGACUCCUUUAAAAUACAAAAUUUUUUAUGAUUUUAUUUGUUCUUGGGUGAUUAAACUUAGCUUCGGAUAUAUGGUCCAGCCAUUUAUUAUCUUAGACUGGUCUAAAUCCAUUUAUUGUUGGAACACAGUUUGUUUCUACAUCCAUAUCUUGAUUGCACUGACAUUCAUAUUAUUUAAGGGACCCUUCAAAUCAAGCGUUACUAGAUUUUUCAAACAGUUCCAUCCAUGUGAAGUAGCUAGAAGGAAUCAGCAGAAUCUGGAAUCCGAUAUGGUGACAUCUUCUCCAACGCUUGGACAUAUUUUGAAAGAAAAGAUGCAGUUUGAAAUGGAAGAUGCAGAGGACAGAGAUAUGAUGCUAGGUAUUCCCGAUCCUAGUGAAGUUGAGCUUGAAGACGCUAGGAAGGAAAUUGAAGAAUUCUAUAGACAAUAUGACUCUUGGAAAAAUGAAAAAGGUCUGGAAAUUGAGGAGGAAAAUCUACGUGAUGCAUACUCAAAUUUCAAAAAUGAGUUCAAGAGGACGACUAGGAGGUUUAGCUUUAGCCACUACCCGGCAACGCCAACUAAGUUGGAUUAA